UUUUUGGGAUUAUUUGAUCUAUUAAGACUGAUCCCCAAGCACGUGAAUACGCGCUCUCUCUCUCUGUCUCUCUCGUUCUCCAUCCAUUGAUUGCUAGCACGAAGGGCGGAUCCAUAAUUUGAUUGGACUCUACAAAUAAGCUUCUCAAGGCCAAAAGAUCUACAAGUUUCGUAUUUGAAGAAUGGUCUAUCUUGUUGCACACAAGUAUAAGUGACACUUUUUUUAACUGACAAGUGCAGUGGUUGAAUCUGGGUGGUUGAAAGAAUGUCAGGCAUGGAGGAUGGAGCUGAAAAGUCGAACCCAUCCACCCAACAAGAAGAGGAAGUUGUUAAAAAGAAAUAUGGAGGAAUGAUACCUAAGAAGCCACCUCUAAUCUCAAAGGACCAUGAGCGUGCUUAUUUUGAUUCUGCUGACUGGGCUCUUGGAAAGCAAGGUGCAGAUAAGAAGCCCAAAGGUCCACUGGAGGCACUUCGCCCAAAAUUGCAGCCAACACAACAGCAAACGCGAUACCGCAAGUCUCCUUGUGCUCCAUCAGAAGGUGAAGAUGGAAUUGCUCCGUUGGAGGAUCCAACUGCAAAUGAAUGAGAAGGAGAUGUUGACUCUUUGUCGAAAUGUCAUAAGCUGUUUACAUAUCUGCUCUUAAGAAUUUAAAAAAUAAAAAUGAUUCACGGGGUGUUUCAACUUUUAAUUGAGGCUGGUAUUGUGUUGCUGUAACAUUGAUGUAGGAUAUUUUUCUUAUGCUGUCUAAUGAAACGAGUUUCCUGUUUGGGUCUAUC